AUGGCGACUCCAAACCCAGACCGACCGCGCACACGCGCUAAGAAAGCCUGCAUGGCGUGCAACUCGCGUCGCGUGCGAUGUAAUGUACUUGAAAUGCAGCCGUGUCAGAACUGUGUGGCGUGGAAUCUAGCAUGUGACGUAGGGAUAUCAAGACGGGGAAAGUAUCCUCGGCGCAAGAAAAAAGGCUCCAUAGACACCAAAGUAUCCCCGUUAGCGGGCAAUAAUAUACCGGAACCUCUCAGCGCGUCUGGGCAAGAUGCAUCAGCCGAUAAUAGCUUACGCUAUAUAUCGUCGGCUCGACCCGGCAUCCCGGACGAUGCGGUGCACGAGACGGUGUUUUUGGGCGAAUCCAGUCCACUAACAUGCGUCGUAGAUGAGGGGCGACGAUCGCCCGAAAAAGGGCACGCGCGCAGUAUUCAGAAAGGUCGUUUGCAUUAUGCUCUUCCCGAGGUUCGGGGCAGCGAGCUUAGCGAUGAUCAGCAUAGAAAGAUUCUUCAGGAUCGUCUCAUCCGUGAAAGCGCAUUGGUUUUCCCGUCGCCUGCCAUCUGCGACACGCUUCUUCAGGCGUACUUUGAAUGGUUUCAUCCCUGCUUCCCGAUCCUUGAUAGACAGACUGUGUAUCAUGCAUACAACGAGCACACCAUCUCACCGUUCUUGCUUCAAGCGAUGCUGUUUAUUGGAGUGAGUUUGUGCUCGGAUCCAGCUUUGUCAAGUACUGGUUUCACAAAUCGGUAUCAGGCCAAGGGCCUUUUUUAUCAACGGGCGAAAGAAAUAUAUGAUGUGGGAUGGGAAACAGAUAUGGUAAUAAAGCUUCAAUCGUUAUUUCUGUUGAGCUUUUGGCGAGGAGGACCGACCGAAGAGCGAGAUGUUCGUUUUUGGUUGGGCGCGGCGACCAAUAUCGCUCAGAAAAAGGGCAUGCAUGUGAUGUCAAAAUUACCCUUUCUCGGCGCGAGGGAUCAGAAAGUCUGGAAACGAAUUUGGUGGGCCUUAUAUGUUCGAGACCAGCAAACAUCUGCUGCACUUGGCCUCCCAUCUCGAAUUCGCGACGAGGACUGUGAAGUCGCCGAGCUUGAAGAAGCAGACUUUGUCGAACACGAGGAUGUUCCUUCAGAGAUUUUCCGAAAGCCACCUGCAGCCCAUAUACCCUAUGUGAUUGGAAUGGCCCAACUGGCCAAGCUACUGCGGGAGGUGGUCUCCAGCCAGUAUUCUCCUGGUCGAGCAAAGCUGGAUAAUUUAUCGCGGCCCAUGCUCCAUCAGCGUCUUUUAGACUGGGAGUCCAACCUGCCGACGGAUAUGCAUUUCCAAACUUCCUCCAGUCGAGAUGUGAUCUUUCUGGUUGGUAUGCUUCAUAUGGCUUACAAUAAUCUCUACGUUCUACUAUACCGACCCAUUUUCCUACAGCCACCAAGUGAAUCAACCAACAUGGAAGGAAACAUGGCUUUGGAAGCCGCGACGCGAAGUACGCGUAUCCUCGAAGACAUGUUGUCAGAAAACUUAGUCCAGCAUGGAUCAGUUCACCUUAUCACACACACCUUCUCGGCGUUAUGUAUCCACACCAUUCACUUCGGGCGCGGAACGGGUACAGCACGGAAACUGGCCGAACAUCGAGCUAAGCUCUGUCUGCUCGGGUUGAAGGAACUGCAGAAGUCGUGGGAUCUGGAGAACUGGGUACUGGAUUUAUUCUUCCGCUGUUUGGACGAUCGGACCGCCCGAGAUCUCCGCCUCGGUGACAGCGGCGGUGGAUCGGCAUCGUCCCAGUUGAUCAAGGGGUUAGCUGCCAGAUCCCCGACCGAUAUUGACCAGGUCACGAGCCAACCGAUAUCCCCAAAUGCGCAAGCAAUUUUCCCUCCCAGUAUACGAAAUGAUCCUUCAUUGCCUCUGGAGGAACCUUCGGUGAAUAUGGACUGGUAUGAAUUGUUCAACGUGGAGGGCGAUGAUGUAUUGGGCUUGGCGGGCUCGUUGACGAAUCCGGACUAUCUGAACCCGCAGAACCUCGAACAUCUGUAUCGAUUUCUGUAG